UUAUUCUUUUAAUUCUCUAAUUUUACAUCUUCUUCUUCUUCUUCUUCCUUCAAGCUCCUAAUUCAAUUAAAUUAUGGCUAAAAUAUGUCCUGAAUUAUUGUUACAACAAUCUUCUCCUUCAUCAUCGUCGUCGUCGCCAUCGCCUUAUAUUAAAUCUAUAAGAGAAACAUUUACUAUAUGGAUGAAAUCUUUAAUUUUCCAUGGAAAUGGAUGUACUAUUUUUAAUUCCAAAGGUGUAAUUGUUUUUAGGGUUGAUAAUUACCAAGAAAGUUGUAGAGAUGAAGUUUGUAUCAUGGAUCUCAAAGGCCAAGUUCUCUUCUCAAUUAAAAGAGAGAAAUUAAGAGUUUUUGGUCGUUGGAAUGGAUAUGGAUCAUGUGGUGAAAUAAAAGGGAGGCCAUUAUUUCAAAUAAAAAGAAAUUGUGACAUUUUUUCAAGAGAAAAUGUCAUUUGUAAUUUUGGGUCAGGUGAUGAAAAUAAUGUAGGAAUAAAUUGCUACAAAAUUCAACAAUUUGAUAGAAAUUCAUCAUAUAAAGUUACAAAUUCUACUGGCCAAGUUGUUGCAGAGGUAAAACAAAAGCAAUCAUCAAGAGGAUUUGGGUAUGGUGAAGAUGUGUUAACUUUAGAAGUGGAACCCAAUAUAGAUCACUCACUAAUUGUGGCUUUUGUAAUAGUAUGUGGAUUGAUUCAUGGAAAAUUAUGAACGGCAUGAUUCCUUAUUCAGAUUCCGAACUGUUAUUAAGAGGUCAUAUCUUUCCUUUUCUUGAGGCUGUAAAGGGGGUCGUCCCCUUUCAUUUACUUCGUGAGUAAGUAAGUCGUGACGCGCUCCUUCCUCAUCUCGGGAUUAAAAUUUUCUUAAUCGUUUCGAACUCCGAAUGCUUUCCAAGGUUAGGGUUGGUGGGGCCUUACAAAUAUUUGUAACAUUAUAUAUGUUGAUGACAAUAACAUAUACUAACCCCACAACAAAAUUCCUAUAAAAUUUCUUCAUAUGUUAAUUAUUA